UAGUCAUAGCGAAGCGGUUGAAAAUCUCCACUAAAACAUACUUUAUUCAUUUUACAGCAACAAAUUAUAAGCAUUCACUAAUAACAUUAAUAAUGGCUAAAAUUGACAUAUAAAAGCUGACGCAAUUUUCGCACUCAACACAUUUGAGCACGCGACAUUACGGUCAUCACUUGGAGCGGCUUUGUCUAUUACCAAUUUGCUUGUAGCCAAGCGCUUAAAACGUGAUAUAUUAUAUAUGUAAAUAUAAAAAAAAAAUCGCCUGCAAAGAUUAAAGUAAAGCAGGAAAACAAUGGCUGCACGCGCUGCACGCGCUGCUGUAGUAAGUGCUCUUAUGGCGCUUUCGUCAAUUUGUCUUCUAGAACGACAUAUUACCACCUUCGCCGCUCCAACAGAGAUCGGCGACAUUCAAUGGAAGUUGAUAGAACGCAGCGGUUGGUGGGCACGUCCGCCAAAAGAUCGAGUGGCUUUUGCAGGAGCCGCACCGUUCGUCAUCAUACACCACUCCUAUAAGCCCGGUGUGGCUCAAUCAGAAUCGGAUUGCCGUCUGGCCAUGCAGCAGAUACAAGACCUUCACAUGGAGGAGCGACAUUGGUCUGAUAUUGGCUACAGCUAUGCAAUUUGCGGUGAUGGCAAUGUAUACGUGGGCCGCGGUGCCAAUGUGGUCGCAGCUCAUGCGCCACGAUACAACAAUCGCAGCAUUGGAUUGCUGCUAAUAGGCGAUUUUACAGAAGAGCUGCCACCGUCGCGGAUGAUGAAGGUGGCACUGGACUUUAUACAAUUCUCUGUAGAUUACGGCUUUUUGCGUGAGGAUUACAUUUUAUAUGGACAUCGGCAAGUGCGCAAUGGAACCAUCUGUCCGGGCGAUGCACUGUAUACCGAGCUGCAGAAAUGGCCGCAUUGGCAAGAGAAUGUAAAUGACAUAGCUUAAUUGUAGUGUGUGGGAGCGGGAGUAAAAGUGAAUAAAGUAAGUGCCGAAGUAAAAGUACAAAUAAAUUGUAAUAUUAUU